AUGUUGCUGUGCUUCGGGGGUCGAAGAAGAAAUCGACACCACCAGGGCCAGUGGAGCGAAAAGGACGGCUUGCUCGAUGAUGAGCCCCAUAUCAUCCUGAACCCCUACUACCUAGAAACAGAGGGGCAGUGUUUCAGUUCUGCAGAGCUGGUAAAACCUGGCUUCAUUCAGCUGGUGCUGUAUAUUAUAAAACAGGGAUUCAGCAACUCAUCAGAGACCACCACACCUCUAAAAAGAGUAGAACACAGUGUGUGGAGAGAGCAGCUGAGUGAGUCUGCUGAGCAAAGGAGCCGGAGGAUGCAGUGCAGUGCCAUGCUAUUCUUCAGCAGUGGGGCGGUGGAUGCAACCCCAAGGAGUACAACUAUUGACCAACUGCAGCAGGGGAAAAGCGUUUACCACAUCUCUGUCACCCUGAAAGAAACACAGGGAGAUGCACCGGUCUCAGGGAGUGGAAUGGGCCGGGUCAUCCACACCCUGGUGGAGAAAAGCCAGCCAGGAGGAGAGAGAAUGAGUGUAGUGCCAAUGGAGAAAAGCCCCAGGCUGGGCAGGGCAAGGCAGGAGCUCAACAAGUGGCCCUCCCUGGGCCGUGCAGGUAGAGCCGGGAGGCAAAGAGAGGAGGUAGUAUUGGAGGAGAAUGAGGAGGAGCUGGAGGAGGUGGAGGGAAAAAUGAAGACCGACAGGUUUUUGAAACCACCCUCCAAAAACUCAGGUAACUCCUCACAGCAAGGAAGAGACGUGGCAGACGUAGCUGCUCAGAAAUACACACAGGAGCAUCGGGUUCGCAGCUCCACGUUAACCUCUGUCACCGUCCACGCCAGGGGGCUCGUCUUUGGGGGAAAUGGCUCGGUCGCCGGACACAGCUCUCUGCCGCGGGCCUUGUUGCGAAGGCCGCGUCAGGAUGGAGCCCCGGUCAGCAGGAGGACGGUGAGCAUGUAUGGCGACCCACUCCAGCAGCAAGGAGAUUCUCAACCUGAACCAGAACGAGUGCUGCGGAGGCCCAGGAGUGUUUGCAUGCUGGCAGGCCCAGGCCCAGUUCUGUUGGCGACCCAGCAACCCCUCAGCGGGGAAAGUAUUUUAGAAAACAACCUGCCGUUCCGGACUAGGAGGGCUGAGCUGAGGGCAGUGGAUGGCCUCAGUUCUUUCCUGGCUCAGCGGCCCUCAUUCGCUGCAGAGGAGACCCCCAGGCUCCGCCACAGGAACUCAAAGCCCAGGCCUGUCAGCAUGACAGUACUGGAGCUGAGGAAGAGGGGGUCUGAUGACGAGAUAGACAGUCAGAGGAGCUGCGGCCACACAGGAGGUGAUGGAGGUUAUCUCAAAGGGGGCUUCCGAUGGAGGCUGUUUGGUAAAGCACCCCAAGAUAACAGCAAAGAGAAGGACAGUGAGAAAGAAGAAAAAUCUCCUCCCAAAAUCAACAAGACUGAUGCUCCAAAAAGUACUUUGAGCUCUUUAAGACGGAGCCUCAGUCUGCGAAUCAGGAGGACCCGGCCCCGGGACAAAGCUAAUUUUGGUUCUGAGGGGGAGUCAAAGGACGACUCUCGGACUAAAAGUACGGCCGAGGAGACAACAAUGCCUCCGCGACCUUUCUCAUACCUCACAGGGAGAAUGCUCCCAGCCACUAGUGAGCAAACAGAGGAUGGGGGCAUGCAGUACAUUCAGUAUCACAGCAGGGGGAAGGUCAAGGUAAUGGAGGUCCCCCUGUGUCCAACAAAACUGUCCUCCAAACCGGUUCAGGAAGAACCAAGCAUAUGGCAGCUCAUAGCCAACCGCUUCAGGAGGAAAGAGCAGCCAUUCAGUGGCAAAAGUGAAUCCCAGCAGUCCCAGAGCAAAAACACUGGCCAAACCCCCCCGGCUGGGAAUAAUAAGUCACAGCCAGUCGCCAUAGAGACUCCUGUAGGCAUUGACUCCCACAAAGGUCAAGACUCUUUUGUCAACAGUCAGGAGUGGACAUUGAGUCGGUCAGUGCCAGAGCUGAAAGUGGGCAUUGUGGGGAAUCUGUCCAGUGGGAAGUCGGCCUUGGUGCACCGGUACCUGACGGGGACGUACGUGCAGGAGGAGUCUCCCGAAGGUGGACGGUUCAAGAAAGAAAUCGUGGUGGACGGACAGAGCUACCUUCUUCUGAUCCGAGAUGAAGGAGGCCCUCCAGAGCUGCAGUUCGCUGCCUGGGUGGAUGCGGUGGUUUUCGUCUUCAGCCUGGAGGAUGAGAUCAGCUUCCAGACGGUCUACAAUUACUUUCUGCGCCUCUCCAGCUACAGGAACACAGCUGAGGUCCCCAUGGUCCUCGUUGGAACACAAGAUGCAAUCAGUGCUGCCAACCCCCGAGUGAUCGAUGACUCGCGGGCCAGGAAGUUGUCAAAUGACCUGAAGCGCUGCACUUACUACGAGACCUGCUCCACCUACGGCCUGAAUGUGGAGAGAGUCUUCCAGGACGUUGCCCAGAAGGUCGUGGCCAUGAGGAAAAAGCAGCAGCUGUCUAUUGGUCCAUGCAAAUCUCUCCCUAACUCUCCCAGCCACUCAUCAGUCCCUGCUGCAUCCAUCCCCUCUGUUCAUAUCAACCAGGCGGCCAAUGGUGGGGGUGCGUUCAGCGACUACUCCUCCUCUGUUCCCUCCACCCCCAGCAUAAGCCAGCGGGAGAUGCGCAUUGAGACCAUAGCUGCCUCCAACACGCCCACGCCCAUCCGCAAGCAGUCGAAGCGCCGCUCCAACAUUUUCACAUCACGGAAAGCCAGUGAACAAGCAAAGAGCGUUGACAGUAAAACAGACAGCAUAGGCAGUGGAAGAGCCAUACCGAUCAAACAGGGAAUCCUUCUGAAGCGAAGUGGCAAAUCCCUCAACAAGGAGUGGAAAAAGAAAUAUGUCACACUGUGUGAUAACGGCGUCCUCACUUACCACCCCAGCUUACACGACUACAUGCAGAAUGUGCAUGGGAAGGAGAUUGACCUGCUGAGGACCACGGUCAAGGUUCCCGGGAAGCGACCACCGAGGGCGGUGUCCACCGUCGCUCCCACGGCGAGUCCCAAGACCAACGGGCUGACCAAGGACCGCAGCGCCCUGCAGCUGGGCAUCGGAAGCACAGGUGCUCCUCACUCCAACAGCAGCUCGUCCCUGCAGACCGGCGCCUCGGUGUUCGGCGGCAGCAAGGACGGCAUGCACCAGCGCUCCUUCUCCGUGUCCAGCGCCGACCAGUGGAAUGAAGCCAUCAACACCAGUACAAGCAGCGGAGCUCCUAACGGGAUGAGUGACCCAACGACUUCCAGUGUCGGCAGCGCGACCAGUCCGAAGCUCGAGCCGCCUCCUUCGCCUCACGCCAACCGCAAGAAGCACAGACGGAAAAAGAGCACGGGCAUCACCAAGCCAGACGGCUUAUCUGCAGGCAAUGAAGAGCAAGAGGAUUCCUUCGAGUUCAUCAUCGUGUCGCUGACGGGUCAGACGUGGAACUUUGAGGCGUCCACGUACGAGGAGCGGGAGCUGUGGGUCCAAUCCAUCGAGAGCCAGAUCUUCGCCAGCCUGCAGUCGUGUGAGAGCAUCAAAAAUAAGUCUCGGUUAGGAAGCCAAAGCGAUGCGAUGGCCAUUCAGUCCGUACGUAACGUGAGAGGGAACAGCUUCUGUGUGGACUGUGACGGACCCAACCCAGACUGGGCCAGUUUGAACCUCGGCGCCCUGAUGUGCAUCGAGUGCUCGGGCAUCCACAGGAACCUGGGCACGCACCUGUCCCGCGUCCGCUCCCUGGACCUGGACGACUGGCCGGUGGAGCUCAGCAUGGUGAUGACGGCCAUCGGGAACGCCAUGGCCAACAGCGUGUGGGAGGGCGCCUUGGAAGGAUACAGCAAGCCGGGGAGCGACAGCAUCAGGGAGGAGAAGGAGCGCUGGAUCCGGGCCAAGUACGAGCAGAAGCUGUUCCUGGUGGGGCUGCCCCAGUCCGACGUGCCCCUGGGGCAGCAGCUGCUCCGGGCGGUGGUGGAGGAUGACCUGAGGUUGGUGGUGCUGCUGCUGGCCCACGGCACCAAGGAGGAGGUGAACGAGACCUACGGGGACGGGGACGGACGCACCGCUCUGCACCUCUCCUGUGCCAUGGCCAACGUGGUGAUCACACAGCUGCUCAUCUGGUACGGUGUGGACGUGAAGAGCCGCGACGCUCGCAGCCAGACGCCGCUGUCCUACGCCCGGCGAGCCGGCAGCCAGGAGUGCGCGGACAUCUUGCUUCAGCACGGCUGCCCCAACGAAGCGUGCACCCUCACCUUGGUGGCCACGCCCAACAUGAGCCGCCGCAACCCCAACAUCAACAACAACAACGCCCAGUGCGAGCUCAACCGCAGCAUCAGCAUCAUGUAG